UACACUUCAAGCUUCCAUUUUUUGGCACGCGCAGCGCAUUCCAACUGUUUUUCAUAAAGAAAAGUCACCUUUGUAUAAUCAACAUGAGUGGAUAUGCAUGUUAUGACGAUGCGCAUGACCGGAAAUACGACAAACCACAUCCGGUUCCUCUUGUCGUAGCCAACAUUGACACACUUAAAGGAUAUGGAACGAUUGUUACCGACUUUGAGAAAACGGAAGUUGAGAUUACUCCAUGGCCUGUUAAUGGGUGGCGGAAGUUGUGUCCUAACACCGGAAGUGGUGGAGGUAUCGUCAGUGGAGACUUCAUCUACAAAUGGGAGGGGGACCUUUGUAAAGCUGUCAACAAGGCAGUUGGUGGGGACUACAUCACAGGACGACUUCCGCUGGAAGCGAAUACAAAUAAUCGCACAUGCAUACUAACAAGAGAAGCAAAUUACCAUCCAGACGGAGGCCAGGUGUUCUUUCCACAAAAUGGCGAUGCCUUCGUCGCACUGUUGGCUCUUCCUGGAGAUGACGUCAAACCGGAAGAUUUCGUAGCUUUUUAUUUCGAUGGGUCUUUUGGAGUUCCAGAUCCAUGCGAACAUCUGGCAUCAGCCCGUUUACCCUAUCAAAGAUGACGCCGUGUUUCUCGGUAAACAAGGAGCUAUCUACGCAUGCGUAUGUGUCGACACAGCAAACGAAUUCAACAAAUAUCUAUCAGUUCCUCUGACAUUUGACAAUAAGAUCGGUUGAUUAUUGAAUAUUCGAGAAUAUUGAAACAAAUUCAGCUAUCAUGAUAUGAACUCUGACCCUAUCCGAAUUUACCCAACGUCUAUAUCGAUAAAUACCAAAUAUGAUAAUCUGACCAUCCGAAUAAGCCCUAAUUAUCCGAUAUACUCACUGUCCGAACAAACCCUUAAUCCGAUAUACCUACACUAUAUCAUCACAUCAAUUGUUGUAAUUAACACUUCUGUCGAUCAAUCUCAACUUCCGGUUCAAAUUUUUAACUUGUAUUUCGCCGUUCCACUUUUCCAAUGUCAAGUUCAAUCUCCUUUAAUUAACUACGCCAACUACUUCCGGUUGUUAGAAUCAGCCAACCAUCAUAUUUUGCAUUCAUCAGUUGUCUGAAUCUGAAAAUGUGACCGGGUGCGGUGGCCUGCUGGGAGUCUUCAGCAGUAUGCUGCAGUGAUGUGGCACUAUAAAGUCGGCAUCACUUUCGCCGCGCUAUCAGAAGGAGACGGAACACUAACAUACCACAGCCUCCCAAAUCAGACAUAGACUCACUUUGCACAUCACAGCAUGGAUAUCGCACAUAGGGAGGCCGUCCUUAAGUGAAAUUAGUUAUUGAUAAUACGUUCAUCUAGUCAGAAUGUGUAUGCUUCAUUCGAAUCGACCAUUCAUCUAGUCAGGAUUUCGCCUUCAUUUGAAUCGACCAUUCAUCUAGUCAGGAUUUCCCCUUCAUUUGAAUCCACCAUUCAUCUAGUUAGAAUUUGUAUCCUUCAUUUGAAUCCACCAUUCAUCUAGUCAGAGUCUCCCCUUCAUUUGAAUCGACCAUUCAUUAUCCAUCGUCAUAAGUCUUACCCUUUAUUUGAAUCGACAAUUCAACUCGUACGAAUUAAUUGAAAUCCAUCAUUCAGCAUGUCAAAUUUCACAUUUCAUGAUUUAUACCCGGUGUCAACAUGGCGGCUUAUUCGAGUUGUUUGAAUAUAUUUUCUGUCUAGUUAAUUUUUCAAUUAUAAAUAAACCAUUGAUUUACUUGGAAUUGACUUUGAAUGUAAUUAUAUCCUACCCACAUCAGGGUAAGUAGCGUAUGUUCUGAUAUUGAUUAGCGUAAUGUUCACGUCAUAGAGGACUUCAUCAUAUAUUUAAACAGGGUUAUGUCGCACAUGAAAAAUACGACUUCAAAAACCAAGGGUUUCGCCCCGGUUUUACCUGGGUUUUUUUUUUUUUUUUUUUUUGCAGAGAUGGUUUGUGUGCCUGGAGUGUCCUUGGUUUUUGAAAAGUGAUUAUCGUGACGUUGUGAUGUGUUUUCAAUGUCUGUUUACAUAUAGACUGGAGAUUAUUGAGGUUAAACCUCAGAAUUGAUCCUUCACCUCCUCAACUGAAAUCUAUAAUAUAAUUAAAAUGAUUAUGAAGUGAUCUGAUUCUAUGUAGUUGAUAUUUCACGUAUAAAAAACGUUUAUUGAAAUGCUUCGCAGUUCAUAAAAUUUGUCUCAAGACCUAUUGAGGUUUAUACCCCCAUACACCUCAACAUAACAU